CAAGCUGCCACCGAUUUUCCGCACUGUGUCUCCCUUCCUUAGCGACGAAUCCAAACCGUAGCUCAGCGGCGCUCUUUUCAAACUCUUUACCGCGGAAAACAUGUCAACACAAGAGCUUCGGGUUAUCGAACUCUAUCGGAGAUGACUGAGUGUUGCAGUAAUACAUCCUAUACGAGUAUUUAGUUCGAGGGAGACAUCAAAGACGGCGAUGUAGGGAUAUAUUGACGUUGGUAAAGCUAACGUUAGCAGCAGUGCCCUCACAGAUAGGACCUCACCGCAGCCAUGACCAGCAAUGCAGAGAGAAAAUUCGUAAACUUGAGGAAGCGUCUGGACCAGCUGGGAUACAGACAGCCACUGGGAAUAGAAUCACUGCCACUGGUGGAGAAACUGUUCAGUGACCUGGUUCACACAACCGAGAGUUUGCGAAAUGCCAAACUCUCAGCAGGUAAGACUGAGAAAGAAAGCCGAAACUUUGAUUCUCUCCUGGAGCCAUACAAGACGGAGAAUGCCCGGGUGGUCAGGGAGAAUAAUGAGCUGCAUCAUGAGUUUCUGAAGCUGAAGGAGGAGAAGGAUCGAGUCACCAGAGAGCUCAAGACCCACAUCAGAAAGCUGGACCAUGAGACAUCUGACUUGAAGUUUUUAAACAAUCAGUAUGUUCACAAGGUCCGCUGCUUGGAGAGAGAUGGCAAAGCGAAAGCUGAGCGCAUCCAGCAGUUGCAGGAGAAGAACAUGCAAGCUGUGGUGCAGACACCAGGUGGAAAGAAGCACAGCAUACCAUUCAGACGUCAGAGAAUGCAGAUUGAUGAGCUCACACCUCCUUCCUCCACAUCAGCCUACCCUGUGUUGCAGACUGACGAUCCCUUCAUAGCUGAUCUGCUGCAGUUAGCAGAUAGAAGAAAUGAGGAGCUACAGGACGACAUUAUAAAGAUCAAAUUAGACCUGGAAAAUGCCCUGGAAAAUAUUAAACACUUAAGCACUCAGGUGGAGGAGAGAGACAACGAGAUCAAGCGCCUGAAUCAUGUUCUUCAUGGAGGACGACCUCAUGAUGUGGUUUCCCUAGAGGCUCAGAACAUCAGCAACGAGAAACUAAUUUCCCAUCUUAACCUUCAGAUUGAGUACCUACAGGAGACCAACAGGAAACUGGAACAGAAGGUAGAGGACCUGCAACAGAAGAAGAAAGAUGUCUCAAAAGAAGUGGCUAAUCUGUCUGUAAAGAAUCUAGAACUGUGUGAAGAGCUUACACACAUAGAUGACCUUGCAAAGCAGCUGGAGAUGGAUAAAGAACAGGUGUUGGAAACUGUUGAUGUGGAACUGCAAGAAGCCAAAAAAGAAAUUCAGAGGCAACAGAGAACCAUUGAAGACCUGGAAGAUAUUAUCACAAAAACAAGACAGGAGAUGUCUGAAGGUGAUUUUGAAAAAGACCGUCUUAGAGAUCAACUUGUGGAGCUUAAAGAGCAGAUUGAAAAAAUGGAAGGACUGGUGAAUUUCCUGGAGGAUGAGAAAAUCAGGCUGCAGAACAAAACUGAAAAAAUGAUGUCGGCUGAAAAAGGUCUGGUGUUGGAGCUUGAGACAAUGCGAGCGAAACAUGGUGUUUGUGGAAGGGAGCGCUCCCCAUCACGUCUGGAUGCAUUCGUCAAGAGUCUAGAGGAGGAGAGGGAUUACUAUCGUCAGGAGACUGAGCGCUACAAAAAAACCAGAGGGGCUGGAGGUCCAGACUCCAGUCCCAGUCGUAGUCCAGCUAAAGGCAGAAGUCCGAGGUCCAAAGUAAGAACGGGAGGUGCUGCACACACUGAGCUACUCCAUGUAAUAAAGGAAAGAGAUGAGCUAAAGGCUGCUCUCUUAAACUUUGAGAUGCACAUUGAGGACAUCCAAAACAAUGCAAAGGCCCUUUGCACUGAAAGAGACCAUUUUAAAACCCAGCUCAGAAAGACUCAAGAGGACCUGAAGUUGGCUCAUAGCACAGAUAAGUCAGCUGAUAUCUUAAAACUGCAGAAAGUGGUUGAACAGGCUGAAAUCACAAUUGAGCAGAUGACCAUUGAAAAGGAUGCACUGAUUGAGAGAUUAAAGAUUGCCCAGACCUCGGCUCUCACAGACAGACAGAUUGAAGACCGGAGAAUUCUUGACUUAGAACACGCCAUCAAAAGUUUGGAGGAGGAGAAACUGCACCUGCAGUCACAGGUGUGUCUGCUGAAGGAGAGUAAGGAGGCUGUGGAGGAGGAGCUGAGGGUUCGCUCAGGUUCUCUGGUCCAGAAUGUAGAGUUUGAAGCCCAGCAGAGGGCCGAGUCCAACGCUCUGAGGCUGCUCCAAGAGCAGAUGGAGCAGUCACUGUCUGACACCCAGCACAGGCUGUCUGUGAAGAUGAAUGAGCUCCAUGAUGCCCAUCAGCAGAUUGAGAAACUUGAGGAGAGAAUAGGGGAGCUAAGUCAGUGGGGCUCUAAGCAUAAAGAGGAAUUGGCUGUUCUCCAGAAGUCAAUCGCUACCCUGGACAGAGAGAAAGAUACUCUGCAGGAUGAUGUUGAUCAAAAGACUGAAAAGCUGGUUGCUCUCCAGGAGGAGUUGUCCAUGAAGGAAAACACCCUUAAGGAUGCAAGGCAUGCGGUUAUGGACAUGGAUAACUCAUUAGCGCAGCUGCAGGGGGCUUUAAACAGCCGCGAGAGAGAGAUAAGCAGCUUGAGGAGACAGUUGGACACCUCCCAGGAGGAGCUGGCUGUACUCAAGAGGGAGAAAGAAAUCACAAUCCGGGAGAACAGGAGGCUACAAAGUGAUCUGGCCACAAUGACACGGGAAAACCAAGCUGUACAUAUGGAGAUGGAAGAGGUUCUGCACGAGAAAGAUGAGCUGAAACUGAGAGUCCACACGUAUAUUUCUGAAGUGUCAAGAAUCGAGAAACUGAUGGCUACAAAGGAGCAGGAGAACAGGGACCUGCUGGACCGGUUCAGAACGGCUCAUUCUGAAGUGGAGGAGCGCGAACAGAAGCUGCAUCAGGCUGAAAGCCUCAAUAACUCCAUCCGCCUGGAGCUGCUCUCUUCAGACACAGAACGCAGGCACCUCUCCAGUACUGUAAGCCACCAGGAGAGAGAAAUCCAUCAGCACACGCAGGCCAUCCAGGCUUAUGAAGGCCAGGUAUCAUCACUGGUUCGUGGGAUGUCUAAACUAGAGGAGGAGCUUAACCAAGCUCAGGAGGAGAAGGCAGGUCUCCUCUCAGAUCUGGCCUCUGUCAGGGAGCUUUGUGUCAAACUGGACUCUGACAAGGAGCUCAUUGCACGGCAGCUCACCUCCAAGAGUAUGGACCUGGAGAGGGUCACAGGAGAGCUGGAGGAUGUUCGGUCAGAGGCAGAGCUACUUAAAAAGCAACUCUCAAGUGAGAGGUUAACUGUCCGUAACCUUGAGACGCUACUCUCCACCAAUCGGCAGAAGGAGUUCCAAACUCACCUGACGGCCAGUGAAAGAGAGUCGGAGCUGAAAAUCCUGCGUGACAGGCUCACGCUGGCCGACAGCAAAACUGCAGAGCACACCAGAGAGGUUUCCCAACUCCGCAGUAAAGUGUCUCAGCUGCAGACGGAGAUGGACGUUCUGAAAAGACAGUUGAUCAGUGAACGUUUUGAACGUGAAAGGGCAGUUCAAGAAAUGCGUAAACAGGGUGCAUCAUUUUCAUCCUUCAAAACCUCAACACCCCUCAGCAUCUCCACUGGCUCUCACACUAUCUCCCCAGAACGCUCGAUCCUGCGGAGUCUUGACCGCUCAACUGACAAGUCAGCAGACAAGUAAGAAGUGUGAGCUUCAAGGACUAAUACCCACACAGUCAGACAAAUGAAGGCGUUGAUGAGUGAGUCACAAUCCACCAGAAGCCUGUGCUUUGAAGUCUUGAGUAUGGACAUGAAAAGCCUUCAUAAAACUGAGACUAAAUUAGCCAUUAACAUCUCUCAGUGCCACUUUUACCCCAAUCUAAUCUGAAACACAGGAUGACAAUAUGUCUGGGUCUUGGUAAAGCAACAGAUGGUGCUAAACAUUUGAACAAACUGUUACAUAAUGAGAUGCAAUGCAUCAUCUGUCAGUAUCUUGUACAGCCAAUAAUAGAAUUAGCUGUAUCUUCACAAGUGAGUUCAUGCCUGAACAAGAGCAAGUAUUCUUAAAGGUCUGAUUAUUUUUUGUGUGUCAUGCUAGUAUUGAUGUUUUUUUAAUGAUGUCUAAAUUAUUUAAUUAUUCACAAAUAAAGUGAUACAAAAUUACAGAAA